ACCAGUUCCUCCAGGGAGAGAAACUCCCCGGCUGCCACAGGAGGCCAAGGCACUUGGCAGUGAUGAGGGUCCUUUUCCAUCUCCCAGUCCUUUUGGCUUCCCUGAGCUUGUUCCAGGUUGCAGAAUCUGACACAAAUGAGCAGGACACCCACACCUUCACCAUCUCUGAUGCUGUGAGUCAGGUCAAGAUCCAGGUCAACAAGGCCUUCCUGGAUUCCCGGACCAGGCUGAAGACGGCCAUGAGCUCUGAGGCGCCCACCACCCGACAGCUCUCCAAAUACCUCAAGCACGCCAAGGGCUGGACCCGCAUGGCCAUCCGCUACGGGCAGGUGUGGGAGGAGUCCUUAAAGAGACUGAGGCAGAAAGCGACCCCGACCAAUGUCACAGACCCUAGCCUGGACUUGACUGCACUCUCUCAGGAGGUGGGCUGUGGUCCCCCAGUUCCUUUGGUGACAUGUGAUGAGAACAGCCCUUACCGCACCGUCACUGGAGACUGUAAUAACAGGAGGAACCCCGCGCUGGGCGCGUCCAACAGGGCGCUGGCGCGCUGGCUGCCGGCAGAGUACGAGGACGGGCUCUCCCUGCCCUUCGGCUGGACUCCAGGGAAGACGCGGAACGGCUUCCCUCUCCCGCUGGCCCGUGAGGUAUCCAACAAGAUUGUAGGCUACCUAAAUGAAGAGGGUGUUCUGGACCAAAACAGGUCCCUGCUCUUCAUGCAGUGGGGUCAAGUUGUGGACCACGACCUGGAUUUUGCCCCCGAAACGGAACUGGAGAGCAGCGAGUACUCCAAAGUGCAGUGUGAUGAGCACUGUAUCCAGGGAGACAACUGUUUCCCCAUCAUGUUCCCGUGCAACGACUCCAAGGUGAAGACUCAAGGGAAAUGCAUGCCUUUCUUCCGAGCCGGGUUUGUCUGCCCUACUCCACCUUACCAGUCAUUGGCCCGAGAGCAGAUCAAUGCUCUGACCUCCUUCCUGGACGCCAGUUUAGUGUACAGCCCUGAGACCAGCCUGGCCAGCCGCCUCCGGGAUCUCAGCAGCCCACUGGGCCUCAUGGCCGUCAACCAGGAGGCCCAGGACCACGGACUGGCCUACCCGCCCUUUGACAACAAGAAGCCGAGCCCCUGUGAGUUCAUCAACACCACGGCCCGCGUGCCCUGCUUCCUGACAGGAGAUUCCCGAGCCUCAGAGCAGAGCCUGCUGGCCACUUCCCACACCCUCCUUCUCCGAGAGCACAACCGGCUGGCCAGAGAACUAAAGAGACUCAACCCUCAUUGGGAUGGAGAGAAGCUCUACCAGGAAGCCCGGAAAAUCCUAGGAGCCUUCAUACAGAUUAUCACCUUUAGGGACUACCUUCCCAUUGUGCUAGGUGAUGAGAUGCAAACGUGGAUCCCUCCAUACCAAGGCUAUAACGAAUCUGUGGACCCCCGAAUUUCCAAUGUCUUCACCUUCGCCUUCCGCUUUGGCCACUUGGAGGUCCCCUCCACUGUCUUCCGCCUGGAUGAGAAUUAUCAGCCAUGGGGUCUGGAAGCAGAGCUCCCCCUGCAUACCCUUUUCUUCAAUACCUGGAGGAUAGUCAAAGAUGGUGGAAUUGACCCUCUGGUGCGGGGCCUGCUGGCCAAGAAGUCCAAAUCGAUGAAUCAGGAUAAAAUGAUGACGGGCGAGCUGCGCAACAAGCUUUUCCAACCCACUCACACGAUCCACGGCUUUGACCUGGCUGCCAUCAACAUACAGCGUUGCCGGGACCAUGGGAUGCCUGGGUACAACUCCUGGAGAGGCUUCUGUGGCCUCUCACAGCCCAAAACGCCGAAGGAGCUGCACGCCGUGCUGAAGAACAAGGUGCUGGCUGAGAAGUUACUGGAUCUCUACGGGACCCCUGACAACAUUGACAUCUGGAUAGGGGCCAUCGCUGAGCCCCUGGUAGAAAGGGGCCAGGUGGGGCAUCUCCUGGCCUGCCUCCUGGGAAGGCAAUUCCAGAAGAUCCGUGAUGGAGACAGGUUCUGGUGGGAGAACCCUGGGGUCUUCACUGAGAAACAGAGGAACUCUCUACAGAAAAUGUCCUUGUCACGCCUUGUCUGUGACAACACCCACGUCACCAAGGUCCCGCUGCACCCCCUCCAAGCCAACAGCUACCCCCAAGACUUUGUGGACUGCUCAGCCAUCGAUAAGCUGGACCUCUCACCGUGGGCCUCGAGGAGAAUUAGGGGCCUGGGCUCCAAGGCCUCCCAAACUGUGCAGUAAAGCUCCCCUUGGUCCACGAUGCCAUUUCAAGCAAGCUCAGUGACCCGGUCCCUUAGAGCUCCAUACCCAGUCCCAGCCCUUCUUUCCAGCCAGGUCUCUCUACACUCCCUGGAUGCACACCUUGCUCAUGCCCGAGGCCAGCCCCCUCGGCCUCUCCAGCUCUUCCUCUUGAAUCCAUCCUCUCUGCCUGCGGAAACCCUCCUUUCUGUCAAGACUCCGAGAUACCCUCUGAGACACCUUCCAGUCUAGCUUGCCAGAUGUCAGCCAUCCUCUCCCCUGAACAAGUCAAGGCCUUUACACCCUUAUCUCUCCUCCCCAUGAACGAGAUUGUAAACUCCUUGAGCCAGGGACUUCAGCCCACUUCCAAGUGUGUCCCGUGGCCCCCAGCAUGGUGCUCAGCACACAGUAAGUGCUCAGUAAACGUUUGGUGAUUGACUACAGGUGCUGGCAAUCACCUUGUUCCCCUCCCAAGGCAGGCCUUGGAAUCACAGUUCAGACAUGUCUCACCACCAACAGGUCGUGUGCACGAGUCUAUGGGGUGAGAGGGCACGGUCUGGUGGGAUUUCAAAGUGCUCUCAAAGAAAAAGAGGAGGCAAGGGGCUCCUGGGAAAAGAAGCCAAGGCCGUGGGGUGGCAAGAGAGCACUCAGUGCCACGGGGUCAAAGAGGGAGGAAAUCCAAGCCUGGAUUCCCCCAGAGCUAAAGUUAAUUUCCCUUCCAGGGGCCCUUCAGGGAAAUACCCUCUUCUUCUAGGCCAGUCCUUGGAGCCUGCGAGGCCUUUGACGGGCAGCUCCAGAACAUUGCUAACGCUGUCGCCCAAUACAUAUUCAUGAGUUGUUUUAAAAUGACCUUCCUGGGUAAGGUCAGCCCAGCCGCCGGGGCCUCCAGAUCCCUUGACUGGUGGGGCAGGGGUGGGAGGCACUUAGCCAUCCUGUGGGAAAAGCCCAGGAGCCAGGAGGCCUGGGCUGCAGCCCUGACUCUGGCACCCUCUUCUCUGUGAGGCCUCAGAUGAGGCCCUUCACCUCACUGAACACCCCUCUCGUCAUCAGUGAAACGGAGCUGAGUAGUAUUUAUCCUGCUAGGGUGAAGUGCCGGGGGCUCCUAUGGGCAUGGGAGCCCCAGCAUCCUGCAUAUUUUCAGCCUCCAGCUGUGGGUGCCCCUCCUUAAAUGCGGGAAGAAGGGAGGGAAUCCACCAGUCAGAGGGAUUAAGUUCCAGGCAAGUUUAUUAGGGAGUAUGCUCCUUCCCCUCCUUCAGCGCCGCCUGCUGUCCCAGUCUGGGAACCUGGCCCCGUGAAGGCAGGAGUGAGAAGGCGUCUACUGUCCUAGGGCCUCCGAACCACUGUGCCAGCUGCAGGGGUGCAGGACCAGAGGUGCCUUGUUAUCUGGGGAGGGAACUACCUUCUCAUCACCCCUCUGCUCUUCCUCUCCUGCAGGAAAAGUGUGUGUCCCCUCUAUUUCCCGGCCUGACACAGAGUGAGCACGUAGCAAAUACUUCCCAGAGCAAUGCACGAACAGAAGGGCUUGGUGACCACAAUUCCUGUUCCCUGGGGAAGGUGAGGGAAGAGGGUCUGCUUGGUUUGGCCUGGCCCCUAGACUUCUAAGAACUGACUGCCUUCCAUGUAUGAAUCAGCCAAAGGAGGACUCCUGGAUGUCCUGACCCCCAGUUCAGAAAGGGCCCUGAAGCACUGACCACCCUGGUUCAAGUUCAGAGCCCAGAGCAAGCCUCAUGCUGAGGGUCCAGCCCCACUGCAGACAGAGCAAAGAUCCCCAUCGGUGAUGUUUUAUUAUCAUAAUCAUCAGGUACAAACAAAUGGUACAAAAGAGCCAAUGGGCCCCAGUCCCUCUCCAGGCAGGCUCCUGUGAAAAAGCAAGAGAAGAGAGUAAGGAAGAAAAAGGGCAGCCAGGGACUGAGCCUGGCUCGCACGGGCCCAUAACUCAACCACCACCCACAGCCCAACUGCUACUAGCCACUCCUCUGGGGUCGCUGGUUCACCUCUGCUACCCGGACACUCUCAAGGUAUAAGCUCCGUGAGAGCAGAAACGGUGUCUGACUUUUUCUGUAUGUUUCCUCUGCCUAGCACAGUGCCUGGCAGGUAGUAAGUGCUCAAUAAACCGAGUACUAGGAGAACGCAAAUGGACCUUCUAAGGCGCCCUGAUAGCUGUUAUUUACAGAGAAGAAAAUUCAGGCUUAGCAAGGUUGAGGAACUUGUUCAAGGUCACAUAGCUGGUGAGCUGCAGA